UCAGUGCUGAAUGGUGUUGCUAGUCAAUAUCUCGUACCGUAAUACGGUAUAAGUUAGGAGACUUUAAACGCACUAGAAAACAGAAAUGCAUUUCGCAAUAUGCUAAAUUGUAUGCUGAAAAUCAUCAAUACUUCUAAAUAUUCGGAUUUCUUAUGUUUAGAAAUUAAAAAUCGUAAACGAAUCCCAUGGAAUUUGAAGCGAAGAUCAAUGAAACUCUUUGUCAUUUUUGCAGUUUUGAGUUCUGUUUCUUAGAGGAUUUAAUCGGAUAUGAUUGAUGAAGUGCUUCAUAAUUGAAGAGAAGUAGUCUUGUAAAGUUAUCUGAAAGUCGAAAAGUAAUCUAAAAGUCGGUCAGAAUGUUAUUAGUUUUUACAACUAUUACCAGGUGACUAUGAAGCCGAAUAUAGUUGGAUAACUUAAAUCAGCCUGAAAAUAGCUUAUUUCAGGCGUCCAUUCAAAAUGGCUACCUCUCUACGCCACAUAGCAACUGAACCUGGAAAUCUAAAUCAAAAAAUGAACACAUCAGCUUCAGAAAAAGGUUUGAAUGAAUUACAGAUCUGCGACAGAAGGAAAAGUCCAAGCAGGACGUCUGAUUCUGAAAUCAGUGUGGGUACCAAUAGUCUUUCACACAGUUCUCAUCAGUCCGAGCCGGUUUCUCAUGGAAAGCCUUCUUUUCAACUGCCUUUGAAUUCAACAGAUACUCAGAAUUGUGAUCAAAUUGUAGUGAAUGGAGAGGAGAAAAACGCCACAAUUGUACAAAAACAUUAUAGAGGAAGUGAAUGGGAAAUAUUAGAAGGUCUAAAAGAUGGGAAAAUUUGUGAAACAAAACCAGAAAAAUUUGAAGGCUAUUUAUUGAAAAGGAGAAAGUGGCCACUUAAAGGAUGGCAUAAACGUUAUUUUCUGUUGGAAAAAGGAAUAUUGACAUAUACAAAAACAUCGAAUGAAAUGGCCCGAGGAAAAAUUCUUGGUUCUGUUGAUGUAGGUUUAUCUGUUAUUUCUACAAAAAGUCAGAGACGGCGAAUUGAUAUUGAUGCUGAGGAACAGAUUUAUCAUUUAAAGGUUAAGAAUCAAACUCAGUAUCUACAAUGGGUAAAUGAACUUCGACAUCAUAGGUUGUAUAGACAGCAUGAAAUUUCAUUUGGAACUAGAGAGGCUCCUAAAAUUACUACACCUGUAGAAGAAGUGCCAGUUGGAGUACCAUUUCCCAUGUCCUAUACACCUCCUGUCAGUAGUAUUCACGACGGUUCUGCUUGGCAAAGUAGUAGGCAUAGUCUCAUUCGCAGUCCUAUAUCUCAGCAAAGUAGAGUAGCUGCUUGGAUUCUAGAUUCAUCGGCAAUUGAUCAAGGCAAUAAAGAUUUGUCAAGCUUACAAGACAAGCUAUAUCAGUUAGAAACGAUUUUGCAGCAACUUGAGUUGAAUACAAACACCAAUAUUGAUGGUCACUUGGAACUACCAGAGAAAGAACCUGCCGUUAAGAAGGAAAGAAAACGUUUUCAUCUGAAGAAGAAAAGCAAAUCGCAAAAACAAUCUAAUUCAAGUAAUCAGUCUGCUUCUAACAAAGGAAAUAAAUCCAAUAAACAAAAUGUAGCGAUAAUAGUUUCAAAAGAUGCCUCAAGUGGUUCUUUUAACAGCACUGAGAAUAUCCCUGAGCUCUCUGAUAGUUUAAGUCAAGAGAAAGGUACUGGUGAUUCUGGGUUACCAAUAUCUGAAAUGGCCCAUCUUAGUUGCUCUCAUCCUUCCUUAACAAGUAGUGAAGAUAUAAUUCGUCCACAUAGUUUGUCAGAUUCAGUGUCUUUGAUGAUGUGUUCUCUACCAGAACCCUGUUUCUCUUCCAAUCAAAAUAGUUUCUCUAAAUAUCGUGAAGAGUUUGUAGUCCUAGCAAAAGAGGUUCAUAGUGGACUCAGAUCUGUUGUUAGAAGUCUACAAACUGAAAGGGAACGAUUAAAGCAAGUUUUAGAAGCCGAAAGUGUUCCAAGUAACAGCAGUAGUGGUGCUCUUAUUACUAGUUUAAGAAAUUCACUCAAUCAGACAAUUCAGCAAAAUAAAGAUUUGAAAGCAAAGCUGCAAGAAAUUCAUAACAUAACUGAUGUUAGCAAUAUCGUGCCUCCUGUUGGCACUCCAGCUGGUGAUAAUGAUGAACCUACCCUCAUUCAUCAACCUCUACAGCCUUCCUUAUCUCACGAAAGUUCAUCUGUCCUGUCAGCAUCUGAAUUUUUUGAUGCAGCUGAAAACUUCUCGAAUUGUAGCACGUCUUCUGAGGGAUCCUUAUCCGAAGAAGGCGGUAGUUUCUUAAGUGAUAUUUCUGAUGAAGGAACUGAAUAUACACCUAUUCCAAGUGUAACUGAAGUGCCUCCUACGCCAUCCUGUACUACAGGGCGACGUUCAAAGCUUCCUGCUCCAAAGCCUGAUACAGGAGAUUUCAGUCUUUGUAAUCUUCUUUUUAAGAAUAUCGGGAAGGAUUUAUGUAAAGUCAGCAUGCCUGUUACUUUAAAUGAGCCUCUGUGCGUAUUGCAGCGCUUAUGUGAGGAACUAGAAUAUUCUGAACUUCUUGAUAAAGCAGCAGAAACUACAGACAAGUAUGAAAGAAUGGUAUAUAUAGCAGCGUUUGCAGUAUCAGCUUACAGUUCUUCUUAUCUCAGGGCUGGACAUAAGCCUUUCAAUCCUGUGUUGGGAGAAACAUAUGAAUGUAUCAGAGAAGAUAAAGGUUUUCAAUUUAUUGCAGAACAGGUCAGUCAUCAUCCGCCAGUAUCUGUGUGCCAUGCUGAAUCUAAAAAUUUUAUUUUUCAACAAGAUAUGAGAAUAAAAACUAAGUUUUGGGGAAAAUCUAUGGAAAUUUUGCCACUUGGAACAAUUCAUGUAUAUUUACCAAAAACCAAUGACCACUACCAAUGGAAUAAAGUUACAACUUGUGUUCACAACUUGUUUAGUGGACAAAGGUGGGCUGAUCAAUAUGGCGAGAUGACGAUUACUGAAGAAAAUGGGGAUGCAACAUGCAAAUUAACUUUUGUUAAAGCAAGUUACUGGUCUAAUAAGCGCCAUGAAGUUCAAGGAGCUGUGAUGUCUCGAGAUGGGAAAGUAAUACAUAAUUUGUUUGGAAAAUGGACUGAGACCUUAUAUUGUGGUGUUGGUAGAAGUCAAAAAUGUAUUUGGAGACCAGGUACAAUGCCUGAAGAUUAUGAACUUUAUUAUGGCUUUACAAGAUUUGCUAUAGAACUUAAUGAGCUGGAUCCUGAAUUAGAAAAACUUUUGCCACCGACAGAUACUAGAUUUCGCCCAGAUCAAAGAUUAUUAGAAGAAGGCAAUAUUAGUGGAGCGGAGAUGAGUAAACAACAAAUUGAGCAAGCCCAAAGAGAUAGAAGAAAACAAAGAGAAGAGUUAGGUAUAGAAUAUAACCCCAUGUGGUUCACGAAAGUGACAACUGAUGAUGGCAAAGAGCAAUGGGUAUUUAAUUACAAAUACUGGGACGUAAGGAUUAAUCCUGGUUUUAGUAAUAUAUCAUUUCCUGAAAAAUUAUGGUAGCUACAAUAUUAUGCUUGUUUUACAUAAGCUAUCUUAUAUUAUGUAUGCAAAGUUUAAAUUUGCAUGUAAGUAAAUAUAUAUAUUUGUAUAGAUGCAGUUGAAUUAUAUAUAUAUAUUAAAUAAAUAAAUACACACACACAUAUAUAUAUAUAUAUAUAUACCAUAUGAACUUAAUAUGUUCCGGUGCACUGGUUAAACUAUGUUUGAUUUUAAAGAAAGUUCUAUAUGUGAAAAUUGCACUUUUAAUUGAAAUAAUAUUUUAUUUAUGUAAGUGAUGUUCAUUGUGAUGACUGUGAAAAUUGUGUUAGGUAUUUAUGAUGUUAAUUUUCAAAGUGAGAAUUUAGUGAAAGUAUUAGCAUUUAAUUGUGAUACAGUGAAUUAUAUUUUAAAAAAAAGGUGAUUUUUUUUACAUCUUUG